AUGUACAAUGACGAUGGCCUCCGCAAACGCUCAGGGCCUGCACCCCGACUCAUAGAGGGCCCGAAAACAGGCCAGCGCAGCUUGUACCAGCAACAAGUUCUAGACGAAGACUCGUACACAGAGGCGCUGUCCCACAUCAUCCAGCGCGACUUCUUUCCCAACCUCCCUCACCUGAAUGCUACGAAUGACUACCUCUCCGCUCUUUCUGACAACGACCCGGACAAGCUCCGCAGCUCGAUCCGCAAACUCGCCAAGCUUGCACAGGACAAGGAGGAAGGUCGUUCACCCGGUCGAUCGGAGCAGUUUGACGACACACCGCGCAUCAACCGCCCUGUCGAUGUCGGGCGGACACCAGUCGGUGCGCGUGGAUGGGAGACACCGGGAACUGUGCGUCGACCUUUGGUGGAUGAUUUCGAGCCCGGUCCCUCGCGCAAGAAGGUGAAGCGGACGGUGCGCGACGAUUUGGGUCUCGACGCUUUCCAGCGCAACUACACGUCUGAGGACAACGCCAGUUUCGUGCAUGUCAUGGAAGAGGAGAAUCGGAUGCGCAAGGAGGACCAGAACGCAUGGGCGUUCGACGUGGAGCGUGUGACCGAAGGACGCCGGCUUGAAGGCGUGGAACGCCGGAAGAUGAUCCUCGACGCGGCGACGAACGGCGAGUGGCGCGUCGAUGCGAACGGCCGUCGCUUGAUUACCGGGUUGGGGAGUGGAGGAACCGACCGGACAGAAGGCGAAGCAUGGAAGGAGCGCAAGAUGAUCGAGGCAAAGCCAAAGGAAGACGAGGCAGAGGCGGUGAAGAAGACGGAGAAGGGUAAGGGCAAGGCGCCUGAAUCCAGCUCCGCCGUCGCCAAGAGCUCAGCUGGUGCACUCAUCAAGGCGACCGACGCAUCAGCCGCUUCGGCUCUUCCGCCACCACCAUUGCAUGAGGAAGAGCUUCCCGCAGAACAUCCCCUAUCCAAGGCUCUCGUCAAGGCCGGUCUCCCGCCAACAGCGCUCGUUUCCACCGAAGACGGCGCGAUCGUUCCACAUCAUGAGAGCGCGAGCGGCUCAGGUGACGGUCGAGGGCGAGGGAUGGCAGAGAAAGCGCGCCGCGACAAGUUGGAGAGCGGCGUGAUGGGCGACGACGAACCAGACGUCACGGGCGGACGGAUGCAGCAGUGGCCGUACAAGGCGAUGAACGGUCUCAUGUUCCCACCGGACGCGUACGCUAAGCCGUUCGACCAGGAGCGACCGAAGGUGUCAGCACUGCACCCGCCAUCGAUCUCGCACCGGAACACGCGUAUCGCGGAUGAAGAGGAGGAGAGCGGCUCGGCACCCUCGAUAAGAGGAAGCACUGUGGCCGAGUCCUGGGUGGACCGAGCGAUCACUGGCGAGCGAGAGGAGUACGCGCUGCUGAACGAGGCGGACCCAGACCCGGAGGACCUGCCGCCACUAAUGACGUACGGUACGCUACUGGCGACGCCUCGAGCGCUGGACGGCUCAACAGAUCCCCUCGAUGGGCCCAAGUUCAAGUUUCCCGAACCGAAGAGCCGCGACGAGCUUGGUCGCAAGCUGGGCACGAAGGCCAGCAAGGCGAUGUCUGAGCGGGCGCGCUCGUACCAGAAGCCCUCGGGAGUGUCUGCCUUGCGCGCGGCGGCCGCGCGUACGCGUAUCGGCGACAGUUCGAGCGGAGGCAAGAUGGGUCCACCUGCCACACCUCGGCGCGAAGGUAAUCUCACUCCUGCUGCGAGGAGUCUCCUCGACCGUAGCCUCGGAAGGACCCCGCGGAGCGGGAUGGGGUUGAGCAGCGGAGGGAGUGCACGUGGGGCGGCGAUGGAGAGGGGGAGUGGAUGGGGUGGAGGGAAUCGUGGUGCGAUGAGCUGGACGCCGAGUCCGGCACCGCGCCGACCCAUGUAG